CAAAGUGUCACCUUCAUUUCUCUCCCUAGGAUGUCGAGUUCGGGGGGGGGGGUCUGCAGGAGUUGGUCAAAAAAGUCAAAGUCGUAGCAGCAAAAGUGCAAAAUCUGCCUGUUCGUUGUGGGGUUUUUGUGGGCAUUGCAAACUGUGCAGAAGGCAGUCUCUUUCACAAGUCAAAAAUGAAUAAAAAUGGCAUUCCCACAAACGGGCCAACCGCUUGAAAAAGGGACUGAAACCAAUUGGGGGGGGGUGUCCCGGCUGACUCAUAAUACAUUCAAAUCGAAUCAAAUCUUUAUCACGGUCACAGACCAGCAUAAUGGUCACACGUUAAACGGAGGGGCUAACUCAAGCCUCCCUGUCCAGGAGCAGUCUACCGCGCCAAAUACCGCCCUGCUUUCUCUCUGCCUGGCGUGAAUUCGUCGGCUUUUCUAAGGACUUCUCCCCUCCCCGCCGUUGGAUCGGGGUCUUCCCCCGGGGUGCAAUUUUCUUGGAUAGAGCACUUGAUUCCGAGGGUUGGGCUGGAGAUGAGGGGAGGACGACCCAUGGGGACCGGAGGAGCGAGGCAAGAAUAGUGACUUGCUUUGUCCAUCAAAUUGUUCUGCUGCCUUGAUCAAUUCUAAUAAUAACCAAAGAAUUGCUAUUAGAUAUUAGAAGGGCUGGGGGGCGCCCGUCAAAAAUCAAGCCUCAUUGGACCGGUCGCCAGCUCCGACCCAGCGGGAUAUUGCUUGCAGCCACCGCUGGGCCUCGUCCAAAGCGACGGAUGAAUUGAACGGCACGGCUGAAUUCUUCUCCUCUGCCAAAUUGCAAAUGCGUUAAAACCUCCGGAGACCAUCUGAUUGGCAGCCCCUUGCUGAAGCAGCCCCCUCCCCCGAAAUCCGGGCCACUCACCCGCCCGAACAUCCUUUGCUGGUCUGGCUCCCUUCCACCCCCGCUAGAAGCUCAUUCCCCAGGAAACCAAGUUUGGGGGUGCUUCGUCUUCCGCACUUGAAGCCCCCCCCCCGGCGGCUGGCGUGGGCUGCCAGAGAAACACUGCCAGAUGCACCCUCUUGCGUGAAGCCAGCGAGGAACCUUCCAGCUUCAGCACUGUGGACAGCUCCCGGGGGCGCCGAGACGUUGCUCUCCCGUCAAACUGGUGAGGUCAACCAUGGAGCGGGUCCGCUGGAGCACGGUGGCCCUUCUCUUCUGCCUGUUCUUACUGGCCCAAGGAGAGCCGGCUGGCCAAGCGCUCCAAGAACUGCCGCUUAAACACACGUACCCGGUGCACGAGAAGGAGCUGCUGGAAGAACUCCAGGAGGUGCUGGAGAAGCUGCAGCAUAAGAAGGUUUCUCCUUGGGAGAAGAAAUUCAACCAAGUGCCCAAGUGCUCCUUCGGCGACCCCUGCGCCAUCCGAAAAGGCGCCCGCAUCGGCAAGCUGUGCGACUGCCCCCGCAGAGCGGCCUGCAACGCCUUCCUCCUCAAAUGCUUGUGAUGCACGAUUCUCGGCCCGU